CCUAUAUAAACCCAGUGCACCACCUUAAGACACUCCAGUUGUUCCCAGUGCUCAUCAUGAUCUGAAUACCCCAAUUAAACCCAGUGUGUUAUUUAUUUAUAAACAAUGGAGUAUUCACCGAGGAUAUGUCUUCUGCUACUCCUGAAAAUACUAUCUGCAUCCUCAAAUCAAUUCCUCGUCAAACCCAACAUCAUCGUCUUCAUGGUGGAUAAUAUGGGAUGGAACGAUGUUGGGUUUCAUGGUUCCAAUGAAAUACCCACGCCUAAUAUCGACGCUCUGGCGUACAACGGAAUUAUUUUGAAUAGACAUUACGUCCUCCCAUCAUGUACACCUUCCAGGGCCGCCUUCUUCUCCGGGAAGUAUCCAAUACGAAUGGGAUUACAAGGAGGUGAUCUCCGAGGCAAUGACCCUAGAGGACUUCCCCUGGGAAUUCGAAUUCUUCCAUCGUACCUCCGAGACCGAGGAUAUGCAACUAGACUCCUGGGGAAAUGGCACCUCGGUUAUCCAAUCCGUGAAUUUACUCCUCUCUAUCGAGGAUUCGACUCGUUCCUCGGUUUUUACAACGGGAACAUUGAUAAUUAUAAUUAUUAUCAUCGCGAUGGGAAUUUGACUGGAUUUGAUCUUCAACGGGGAGAGGGUCCAGCCUAUGACAUUCACGAUACAUAUGUUACGAGAGUUUUCACCGAUGAAGCUAUCAAGAUAAUUGACCACCACGACAUCACGAGACCGCUCUACCUCCACAUCAAUCACGCGGGCUUCCGUCCACCCUUGGACCCACCCCAUGAUUCCUACAGAUACAAUAAUUUCAGUUAUCUCCACGGGGACCGACGUAAAUACGCCAUGAUGGUAUCAGAGAUCGAUAGAUCCAUCGGACGAAUCGUGUCAGCACUGGGUGAUCAUGGAAUGCUGACUGACAGCAUCAUCGUCUUCCUGACAGACACUGGUGCACCGACGAACGAGGGUGAAGCGAAUACUGGGUCUAACUGGCCCCUGCGAGGUGGAAAAGAUACGCUGUAUGAGGGAGGUGUUCGUGGUGUUGCAGCAAUCUGGUCCCCAAGAAUAAAUAAACCAGCACUAGUUUCCAACAAUUUGAUGCACAUGACUGACUGGCUGCCCACCCUCUACAGUGCCUCAGGUGGUGACAUCAGCGACCUGGGGAAGAUUGAUGGAAUUGAUCAGUGGAAUCACCUGAGUCGAGACCACAAGGCACCACGUGAAUCACUCCUCAUCAACUGCGAUGAGAGAAAAAAAACUGAAGCAGCUAUUCACCAGAGGUACAAACUCAUUCAUGGAUACUCCACACUGGCGCACGAUCAUCACUAUUUCGGCAGUUCUGGAAAAAAUCGAAAUGUCCCACCUUACAAUCACUCACUAGUCAGCUCGAGUGCUUUUGUCAUGGCUAUCCACUCGCACGUGGGACAUCCCGUUACACCCCAGAGCAGAAUGGCUCAGAUACGAGAGGAAGCGAGAAUAUUAUCCUGCAUGAACACCGAGCUCUUCAAGAUCAAUGGAACAAAUCCCUGCGUCGGAGAAACCGAAUGUCUUUUCGAUAUAUUUUUCGAUCCCUGCGAAAUCCAUAAUAUCGCCAGUCAUAAUCCAAAGAUUGUUCUGAAGUUGAAUUCAAUCCUCGAGAGGUAUGAACGAGAAAUCGUUAUGCAGGCGGAUAUACCACAAGACCUGAAUGCUGAUCCUCACAGGUACAAUAACACCUGGGGAUCGUGGGUCAGGGACAAGCCCUACGAUCAUCCUUACUACUCCUUCAACAGCAGUGCUGCUACUGUUAUCAGUACAUUAGCUGUUUGUGCGCAUAUCGGAAUGGUUCUCCUGAUCGUUGGUCUCAGGACAUUCAUCUGACUCGACAGUCAGUUUCAUCAGACAAACAGAGCGAGUGCCAUUUUUUAUCGAUUUGCAGAUACCCAAGUGUAACAUCGACUACGUAGAAUGAGACUCUAGUAUCGAAGAUAAUCUUCAAUUAUCAAUUCAUCGAUCAUCAAUUUCACCAGCAAAAAAAUUUUUAUCGCCACUUUUUAUUUAAAAAAUCAAUCGGUUUCUCCACAUCUUCACCACCGAAUGUAA